AUGCAGCUAUAUCUGUUAGUAGUCGUACUCUUAUUGUUCAUUCAUCAUGUAUCAUUAAAACCAAUUGAUACAAAAGAUGAGGUGUUGAAAUAUUUAACUCAACUUGGUUAUAGUAAAUGUGAGCCAGAAUCGAAAGUAUCAUGUAGUAUUGAUUUUUCGUCUAUUCUUCGUGAUUACCAAAAAACAUUCGGUUUGCAAGAAACUGGUCAACUUGAUAAGCCAACAAAAAAAUUAUUGAAUAAACCAAGAUGUGGCAAUAAAGAUAGUCCUGUAUCAUCAUCAUCAUCAUUGUUAGCGUUAAGGAAUUCUAAAUGGAGCAAAAGUCAUUUGAGAUGGACAUUACGCAAUUCAUCAUCACGAAUUUCUCAUGCACAAUCGCUCAAUAUUAUACGAGAUGCAUUUGAACAUUGGACAAAACAUAUACCAUUACGUAUAGAACAAGUUUGUGAAGCGUGUGAGGCUGAUGUUGUGUUUACUUUUGGUCCAAUAGAUGGUCCAAGUACAACGUUGGCUUAUGCACAUUUUCCAGAAGAUGGACGAGUUCAUUUUGAUUCAGAUGAAAAUUGGAUUGAAAGAUUCGAUCAUGAUGGUACAAAUUUAUUUCUUGUUGCUGUACAUGAAAUUGGUCAUGCACUCGGUUUAAGCCAUAAUAAAGAAGACACGAAAUCAAUUAUGUAUCCAAUGUAUCAGUUGAUACCAAAGCGUGAUAUUCUACCAAAUAUAGACCGACAACGGAUUACUGAUAAAUACGGAGCGUGUAGUUCAGAUGGAGGGUCAACAUUAAAUGAAGGAGUAUUGAAUGAAGGGCAAACGUUGCAAUCAAAUAACGGCCUUUACAAAGUUUAUAUGCAAACAGACGGUAAUCUCUGUGUUUACACUAGAGACCAUGCCGUUUGGUGUAGCGGAACACAGAAUCAUUCUCCUGGUCAAAAUCCGUUUCGUUUAGGAAUGCAACCAGACGGUAAUUUAGUUAUUUAUUCUAAACGUGGUCCAAUAUGGGCUUCCGGUACCAUGGCCCAAGGUAACGGCCCAUAUCAACUAAUUAUGCAAGAUGAUAGAAAUUUAGUUUUAUAUGAUGGAGAUGCAAAGCCCCUAUGGGCAUCAGAUACAAAGCUCGCAUGA